GCUUGGUGACACAUGCUUUCUCGCUGGCUGGUUCGCUCACUCUCCUGGGGACACGGAGGUCGUCAGGACCCACAGAGGGACUUACGGGCAGGAAUGGUCAUGAAGACGCUGGCUGUAGUGCUGGUUCUGAUUGCUGCAGCUUGGGCUGAGGAGCAGAAUAAGGUGCUUCACGGCGGACCCUGCGAGCAGACCUCCCACCCCUACCAAGCUGUGCUCUUCACCUCCGGCCACCUGCUGUGUGGGGGGGUCCUCAUUCACCCUCUGUGGGUCCUCACGGCCGCCCACUGCAAAAAACCGAAUCUUCAGGUCUACCUUGGGAAGCACAACCUUCAGCAAAGGGAGAGUUUCCAGGAGCAGAGCUCUGUCGUCCGGGCUGUGGCCCACCCUGGCUACAAUGCCGCCACCCAUGACCAGGACAUCAUGCUGUUGCGCCUGGCACGCCCGGCCAAAUUCUCUGAACACAUCCAGCCCCUGCCCCUGGAGAGAGACUGCUCGGCCAACCACACCAGCUGCCACAUCCUAGGCUGGGGGAAGACAGCAGAUGGCAAUUUCCCUGACACCAUCCAGUGUGCCUACAUCCACUUGGUGUCCCACGAGGAGUGUGAACGUGCCUAUCCUGGCCAGAUCACCCAAAACAUGGUGUGCGCCGGGGAUGAGAAGCUCGGGAAGGAUUCUUGCCAGGGUGAUUCUGGGGGUCCCUUGGUCUGUGGAGACCGUCUCCGGGGCCUCGUAUCAUGGGGCAACGUCCCCUGUGGAUCCAAGGAGAAGCCAGGAGUCUACACCAAUGUCUGCAGAUAUGGCCACUGGAUCCGAAAAACCAUUCAGGCCAACUGUGCAGUGGCCAUGGCUACAGCAGGACCCCCCUGGACGUGGAUGGUCUGUGCCCUGAUAGCCCUGAUUCUGAGGGUCACAGAGCCUGUUCUUGCAAAUGAUGUUGCUUCCGGCGACAAACCCUCUGCCCCGGGCCCUGCUGGGAACACCGGGGACUUUGGACCCGGGGCCGGGGAGGGCACCCGGGCGGACGACGGCAGGGUCCCCCGCAUCAUGAAUGGGACCAGCUGCAGGAAGAACAGCCAGCCGUGGCAGGGUGCACUCUUGAGGCAUACCAACCGGCUCUACUGUGGGGCCGUGCUGGUGAAUCCGCAGUGGCUGCUCACGGCUGCCCACUGUCGGAAGCAACUUUUCAGAAUCCGUCUCGGCCACCAUUACCUGGAUCCCAUCUACGAAUCCGGGCAGCAGAUAUUCCAGGGGAUCAAAUCCAUCCCCCACCCGGGUUACUCGCACCCCAGCCACUCCAAUGACCUCAUGCUCAUCAAACUGAACAGAAGAAUCCGCGAGACUCCGAGUGUCAAGCCCAUCAACAUCUCCUCCCACUGUCCGACUGCUGGGACCAGCUGCUUGGUAUCUGGAUGGGGAACGACCAGCAGCCCCCAGGUUCACUACCCCAAGGUCCUUCAGUGUUUGGACAUCACUGUGCUAAGUGACGAAAGGUGCAGGAAGGCUUACCCGGGACAGAUAGACAAGACUAUGUUCUGUGCUGGUGACGAGGUGGGCAAAGACUCCUGCCAGGGUGAUUCCGGGGGCCCCGUGGUCUGCAACGGCUACCUACAGGGCCUCGUGUCCUGGGGAGACUUGCCUUGUGGCAAGCCCAACAGGCCCGGCGUCUACACCAACCUCUGCCGGUUCACCAAGUGGAUCCAGGACACCAUCCGCUCCAACUCUUGAGUCAUCCCAGGACCUGCCAUUCUGGCGCCCCAGGCCCUU